UUGACAGUGAGGAGUUGGAGAAGGGACAGAGGGUGGAUGAGCUAUUUGGGUACAUAGAGAAAUCCUAAAUAUUUGUGCCCAUCUUCUCCAAAAGCUAUGCAGAUUCAAAGUGGUGUUUGAAAGAAAUAACCAAGAUGGUGGAGUGCAAGAGACUCAUCAUACCAGUCUUCUUUGAUGUUGAGCCAAGAGACGUCCGUGGUCAAUCUGGCCCUUUUGAACCAGCAUUCACAAGAUAUGGUAAAAAUGAUAUAACAGACAAGGAGGAGGUGAGGAAAUGGAGAAAUGCUUUGACAGAAGCAGGGGAAGUCUCAGGGUAUACCUUGGCCAAUACUUGUAUAGUCGAGGCGACUGAGAUCAAAAAAAUUGUGACGAGGAUCUUGGAAGAAGUAAACAGGGCCCCUCUAUUUAUUGGAGCCACACAUCCAAUAGGUCUAGAUUCUAGAAUUGCAGAGUUGGUGGAGGUGCUGGAUGUUGAAGCCCAUAAUGAUGUCAAAAUGGUUGGGAUCCAUGGAAUGGGUGGGAUCGGCAAGACGACUCUUGCCAGGGCUGUCUAUAACAAACUCUUUCUGCAUUUUGAUGCUUGUAGCUUCAUUUCAGACGUUAGAGAAGCAGCAAAACAGUCCAAACUCGUUUCCCUCCAAGAACAGCUGCUUCGUGAUGUUCUCAAGGAUGAAAAGGUGAAAGUAAAUGACACUGCUCAUGGAACUGGCAUGAUCAUGGAUCGAAUUAAGCAUAAGAAGGUUCUGCUAGUUCUUGACGACGUUGAUAGCGAAUCACAGCUCGGUGCAUUGGUCGGCAGCGUGGAUCAUUUUCAGCCUGGGUCAAGAAUCAUCAUUACUACUAGAGACAUGCAGGUGUUGAUUGAGCCACCAACACUAAGAGUGGAAAAUGUGUAUGAGAUUAAGAAGCUCGAUUUUGCCCAAUCGCUUCAGCUUUUCAGUUGGCAUGCAUUUGGGAAAGAGGAGCCACCCGCUGAAUUUGCAAAGAUAUCAAAGGAAGUUGCAGCUACUGCUUCUGGGCUGCCACUAGCCCUCAAAAUAUUUGGUAGACAUUUCUUGUGCCAGAAAACAAACAAACUACGAGAAGCCAUGUUGCAAAAGUUGAAGAAAGUUCAAGACAAAGAUAUCCAUGAGAAGUUGAAGAUAAGUUUUGAUGCCCUUGAUAAUGAAGAAAGAAUUGUAUUUUUGGACAUAGCAUGCUUCUUUAUCGGUCAAAAAAGAAGUUUUGCUACUUUCAUGUGGAAAGAACGCGGGUUCUUCCCAGACCUAACAAUUGAAGUCUUAAAGCACAAGUGUCUGGUCAAUAUAAAUAAAGAUACGGGAAAGUUUGAAAUGCAUGACUCUAUCCGAGACAUGGGAAGAAAAAUUGUGGAAGAUGAAAGCCCAAAUCCAGAAAACCGUAGCAGGUUGUGGCAGAAAGAUGACAUACUAAAAGUAUUGCGAGAAAAGAAGGGAACAGAAAAAAUUGAAGCCAUCAAUCUCUCUUGUGAACAGCGUUCAACACCAUAUGUGAACGCAAAGUUUUUUGAGGGAAUGUCUCAGCUUAAAAUGCUUCAGCUGUGGAACGUGAGAUUGGAAGGUAAAUAUAGAGAUUUUCCUCGGACGCUCAGAUAUUUGCGUUGGAAUUCACAGGACUUGCAUUGCCUUCCUGACGAGCUUUCUCUUGAGGAUAUUGUGGUUCUCGACUUAUCUUGGUCUUAUAAUAUGCAUCAAGUAUGGCAUCAGCAAAGACAAGGAUCUGGAUCCACCAAGGUCUUUAGCCAAUUAAAAGUACUAAAUCUCAGUGGAUGUAGACGUCUCACCAUCUGUCCAGAUUUUACGGGCAUGCCACAUAUAGAGGAAUUGUACCUUGAAUAUUGUGAUGCGUUCACUGAACUUCAUCCAUCCAUUUGGCGAUUCACCUCACUGAAAGUGCUUGAUCUCAGUGGCUGUGAAAUUACAGCUUUGCCAUCACAACCGAGUGAUUCUAAGUCAUUGAAGCAACCCUUGCUUGACCGAUUAAAAGUCUUAAAUCUCGCUUUUUGUCUGAACCUUACCACCUGUCCAGAUUUUUCGUUCAUGCCAUAUAUAGAGGAAUUGGAUUUUAGUAAUUGUGAGAAGUUGACUGAACUCCAUCGUUCUAUUUGGAAUCUCAAACGCCUAACUCGCUUGUCUUUGAGGUACUGUGAAUCACUCGAAGAAGGGUUUGAAGAAGUUUGGCAGCUGACGUCCCUCGAAAAACUUGACCUCAGUUUCUGUGAAAGAAUUACAUUACCGUCGAGGGAUUCCAGUUCAUUAAAUCAGCUCUUGGACAAAUUGAAAAUUCUACAUCUUCGUAAUUGUGGUAACCUCACCCUCUGUCCAAAUUUUACGGGGAUGCCUCAUCUACAGGAAUUGGAUUUUGAAGGUUGCAAGAACUUGAAUGAACUUGAUCCAUCCAUUGGGCAUCUGAAGAGAGUGACUCACUUGUCUUUGAAGGGAUGCAACUCACUGAAGGAGCUGCCUGUAGAGGUUUGGCAGUUGACAUCGCUUGAGGAGCUUGACGUCAGCGAGUGCUAUGGAAUUACAGCUUUGCCAUCACAGUUGAUGAAGUCCAUGCUUGGCAAGCUAAAAGCCCUAAGUCUCAAGGAUUGUCCGAACCUCACCAGAUCUCCAAAUUUUACUUGCACGCCAAAUAUAGAGAAAUUGAAUUUUGGAUGUUGUUUUAAUAUGACUAACCUUCAUCCAUCUAUUGGGCAACUCAAGAGCUUGACUUAUUUGUCUUUGUGGGGGUGCCAAUCACUAAAAGAACUGCCUGAAGGAGUUUGGCAGUUGACAUCGCUUGAGGAGCUUGACCUCAGCCAGUGCUAUCAAAUUACAGCUUUGCCAUCACAGUUGAAGAAGCCCAUGCUUGGCAAACUAAAAGCCCUAAGUCUCAAGGAUUGUCGGAACCUCAUCAGAUCUCCAAAUUUUACAAGCAUGCCACAUUUAAAGAAAUUGCUUUUUGACGGUUGUGUUAAGUUGACUGAACUUCAUCCAUCUAUUGGGCAUCUCAAGAGCUUGACUCACCUAUCUUUGUGGAGUUGCGAAUCACUAAAAGAACUGCCUGAAGGAGUUUGGCAGUUGACAUCGCUUGAGGAGCUUAACCUCAGCGGGUGCUAUCAAAUUACAGCUUUGCCAUCACAGUUGAAGCAGCCCAUGCUUGGCAAACUUAAAGCCCUAUGUCUCCUUAAUUGUCCAAACCUCACCAUAUCUCCAAAUUUUACAAGCAUGCCACAUAUAGAGAAAUUGCUUUUUGACGGUUGUGUUAAGUUGAUUCAACUUUGUCCAUCUAUUGGGCAUCUCAGGAGGUUGACUCACCUGUCUUUGAGGAAAUGUGAAUCACUGAAGGAACUGCCUGUAGAGGUUUGGCACUUGACAUCGCUUGAGGAGCUUGACCUCUGUUCCUGCAAGAACCUUACAGUCCGUGCAGACUUUACGUGCAUGCCACAUAUAGAGAAAUUGGAUUUUAGUCAUUGUGAGAAGUUGACUGAACUUCAUCCAUCUAUUGGGCAUCUCAAGAGCUUGACUCACUUGUCGUUGAAGGAAUGCAAAUCACUAAAGGAACUGCCUAAAGACGUUUGGCAAUUGACCUCACUCGAAAAUCUUGACCUCGGUUACUGCUGUAAAAUUGCUACUUUGCCAUCAGAAUUGGGAAACUUGAAGCGUUUCAAGCAGCUCUUCCUUGAUGGCACCAUCAUAACAGCUUUGCCUGAAUCCAUGAGACACUUGAAGCAACUGAAGCAUUUGUCUCUCAACGAGUGUCGCUUCUUGAAAGAAAUACCUGAAUGGAUUCGUUCAUGUAUCAGUCUUGAACAACUAGAAGCUAAAAAUUGUGAAAGUCUUGCUUCUUUUCCCAACGUGCUUGGCGACCUGAGGAGUUUGCGCUAUCUUAAUUUGAGUGGGACAGCUAUUGAAAAAUUACCGAGCUCCAUUCACUCACUAAUGCAAUUUUACCAAUUAUCAAUCAUUGGUUGCAAAAGGCUUAAAUUCUUGCCUCAGUUACCCCGUUCUAUCCACAGUGUUUAUGCGAAAGGUUGCUGUGAAAUGGAAGAGAUAGCAGAUGUUUCACAGGCAAUUGAUUUAAGGGAAUUGGACCUAACCGGCUGCCAAAAGCUUGUGGAUGUUCCUGGUGUUGAGCUGUUGAGAUGCUUAAUGAGGCUGAAGCUUGAAGGAUGUAGAAGCCUUUCCAACUCUUUCAAAAAAAGAGUACAGGAGGCACACUUUCCAAAUUUGAUGGUGCAGUUGACCAUACCUGGAAGCAUGGAAGAAUCUUGUCUUCCUCAUCCGAACGAGCAUCAGUCCCAAGUGUCGGACCGAGAGGCCAAGGAGAAGCAGCUGAGGGAAGGAGGACAGGAAAAGCAGGUGCUGAGUGGAUGCAGAAGGGAAAGGCGAGCAUGUGCUGGCCAGGUGAAUGCCGAAACGCUAGCUAAAGGUGAUCCCCGUUUAAGACUUAUGAAAAGAUCAAGGUCACCUCGAUAUUCCGACCGGUCUGUUUAUGAGGAUGCUGAAGAAGCACCUUCUUCAUCGUCCACCCCACCAGUGAGGGAAGAUGGUUUCCAGUAUGAUGUGUUUCUGAGCUUUAGGGGACCGGACACUCGCAACCGCUUCACCGGCCAUCUCUAUCAAGCAUUGCAAGAAAAGGGCAUCCACACUUUCAUCGACAGUGAGAAGUUGGAGAAGGGUGAGAAGGUGGAAAAGCUAUUUGGGUACAUAGAGAGAUCCAAAAUAUUUGUGCCCAUCUUCUCCAAAGGCUAUGCCGAUUCAGAGUGGUGUUUGAAAGAAAUAACCAAGAUGGUGGAGUGCGAGAGGCUCAUCAUACCGAUCUUCUUUGAAGUCGAGCCAAGAGAUGUCCGUAGUCAAUCUGGCCCUUUCGAACCAGCAUUCACAAGAUACGAUGAUAAUUAUAUAACAAACAAGGAGGAGGUGAGGAAAUGGAGAAAUGCUCUGAUAGAAGCAGGGAAAGUCUCAGGGUAUAACUUGGCCAAUACUGAUGGGUACGAGGCGAGGCUGAUCAAACUAAUCGUGAAGAGGAUCUUGACAGAAGUAAACAUGACCCCUCUAUUUGUAGCUGAACAUCGAGUAGGUCUAGAUUCUCGUGUUGUAGAGUUGGUGGAGAUGUUGAAGGUUGGAUUCCAAAAUGAUGUCAAAAUGGUUGGAAUUCAUGGAAUGGGUGGAAUUGGCAAGACGACUCUUGCUAGGGAAGUAUAUAACCAAAUCUGUCCACAUUUUGAUGCUUUUAGCUUCAUUUCAGGUGUCGGAGAAGCAGCAAAACAGUCCAAACUCGUUUCCCUCCAAGAACAGCUGCUUCGGGAUGUGUUGAAGGAUAAAAAAGUGAAAGUAAAUGACACCGCCCAUGGAACUGGCAUGAUCAUGAAGCGAAUUAAGAGUAAGAAGGUUCUGCUAGUCCUUGAUGACAUUGAUAGCAAACCACAACUCGGUGCAUUGGCCGGCAGCGUGGAUUGGUUUUGUUCGGGGUCGAGAAUCAUCAUUACUACUAGAAACAAGCAGGUGCUGAUUGGGCCUUUAAGUGUGGAAAAUGUGUAUGAGCUUAAGUUGCUAGAUGAUAGCCAAUCGCUUCAGCUUUUCUGUUGGCACGCAUUUGGAAAAGAGGAGCCAGAAGCCGAAAUUGUAGAGUUGUCAAAGGAAGUUGCAGCUACUGCUGCUGGGCUGCCACUAGCCCUUGAAAUAUUCGGUAGACAUUUCUCUUGUCUGGGAACAAAUAAACUGCGAGAAGACAUGUUGAAAAAGUUGUUGAAAGAUCACCACAAAGAUAUUCAUGAGAGGAUGAAGAUAAGUUUUGAUGCCCUUGAAAAAGAAGAAAAAAUUAUAUUUUUGGACAUAGCAUGCUUCUUUAUCGGUCAACAAAGAAGUUUUGCUACUUUCAUUUGGAAAGAACGCGGGUUCUUCCCAGACCUAACAAUUGAAGUCUUAAUGCACAAGUGUCUAGUCAAUUUUAAUGAACAUACAGGAGCGUUUGAAAUGCAUGACCAUAUUCGAGACAUGGGAAGAAAAAUUGUGGAAGAUGAGAGCCCAAAUCCAGAAAACCGUAGCAGGUUGUGGAAGAAAGAUGACAUACUAAACGUAUUGCAAGAAGAAAAGGGAACAGAAAAAGUUGAAGCAAUAAAUCUCUCUUGUGAACAACAUUCAACACCAUAUGUGAACACAAAGUCUUGUGUGGGAAUGUCUCAGCUUAAAAUGCUUCAGUUGCGGAACGUGAGUUUGAAAGGUAAAUAUAAAUAUUUUCCUAGGACACUCAGAUGGUUGCAUUGGAAUUCACAGGACUUGCGUUGCCUUCCUAACGAGCUUUCUCUUGAGAAUAUUGUGGUUCUCGACUUAUCUUGGUCUUAUAAUAUGCAUCAAGUAUGGCACCAGAAAAGGUCUGGAUCCACCAAGGUCUUUAGCCAAUUAAAAGUACUAAGUCUGACAGGAUGUGAAAACCUCACCAUCUGCCCAGAUUUUACGGGCAUGCCACAUAUAGAGGAAUUGUACCUUAAAGGUUGUAUGGCGUUGACUGAACUUCAUCCAUCCAUUUGGCGAUUGACCUCACUCCAAGUGCUUGAUCUCAGUCGUUGCUCUCAAAUUACAGCUUUGCCAUCACAACCGAGUGACUCUAAGUCAUUGAAGCAGCCCUUGCUUGACCGAUUAAAAGUCUUAAAUCUCUCUUCUUGUUAUAAGCUUACCACCUGUCCAGAUUUUCUAUGCAUGCCAUAUAUAGAGGAAUUGGAUUUUGGAAGUUGUGCAAAUAUGACUGAACUUCAUCCAUCUAUUUGGAAUCUCAAACGCCUAACUCGCUUGUCUUUGAGGGAAUGUGAAUCACUUGAAGAAGGGUUUGAAGAAGUUUGGCGACUGGUGUCGCUCGAAAAACUUGACCUCAGUUUGUGCGAAAGAAUUACAUUACCGUCGAGGGAUUCCAGUUCAUUAAAUCAGCUCUUGGGCAAAUUGAAAAUCCUACAUCUUCCUCAUUGUUUGAGCCUCACCAUCUGUCCAAAUUUUACGAGGAUGCCUCAUCUAGAGGAAUUGGAUUUUGAUGGUUGCAUGGAAUUGAAUCAACUUGAUCCAUCCAUUGGGCAUCUGAAGAGACUCACUCACUUGUCUUUGGAGCGAUGCCUCUCACUGAAGGAACUGCCUGUAGAGGUUUGGCAGUUGACAUCGCUUGAAGAGCUUAAGCUCACUUGUCGCUCUGAAAAUAUAGCUUUGCCAUCACAGUUGAAGCAGCCCAUGCUUGGCAAACUAAAAGCCCUAUAUCUCCUUUUGUGUUGGAACCUCACCAUAUCUCCAAAUUUCACAAGCAUGCCACAUCUACAGAAGCUGCAUUUUGAAGAUUGUGUGAAGUUUAUUCAACUUUGUCCAUCUAUUGGGCAUCUCAAGAGCUUGACUCACCUGUCUUUGAAGAAAUGCACAUCACUAAAGGAACUGCCUAAAGAAGUUUGGCAGUUGACAUCCCUUGAGGAGCUUGACCUCAGCGAGUGCUAUGGAAUUACAGCUUUGCCAUCACAGUUGAAGCGGCCCAUGCUUAGCAAACUAAAAGUAAUGAAUCUUCGUUCCUGCAAGAGCCUUACAAUCUGUCCAGUUUUUACAUGCAUGCCACAUAUAGAGAAAUUGGAUUUUAGUGAUUGUCAGAAGUUGAUUGAACUUGAUCCAUCUAUUGGGCAUCUCAAGAGCUUGACUCACUUGUCAUUGAAGGAAUGCAAAUCACUAAAGGCACUGCCUAAAGAAGUUUGGCAAUUGACCUCUAUCAAAAUACUUGAGCUCAUUGGUUGCUAUCAAAUGACAACUUUUCCACUGUUUUGGGAUUCAAAGUCAUUAGAGCAGCUGUUCCCCCAAGAAGUUUCCAGAUUGACCUCACAGGAAGAGCUUCACCUCAGCCUUUGCUCUCAAUUUGCAACUUCGAUAUUAGAGUCGGUGGAUUCAAUGCCACUAAAGCUGCCCUUGCUUGGCAAGGUGAAAGUACUGAGUCUUGGUAAUUGUCAGAACCUCCUCAUGUGUCCAGAUUUUACUACAAUGCCACAUCUAGAGGAAUUAGAUUUUGAAGCUUGUGGUAAUAUGAUUGAACUUCAUCCAUCUAUUGGGCGUCUCCAGAGCUUGACUCAUUUGAAUUUGAGGGGAUGUGGAUCAUUAAAUGAACUGACUAAAGACGCUUGGCAAUUGACCUCACUCGAAAAUCUUGACCUCCGUUAUUGCUGUAAAAUUGCAACUUUGCCAUCAGAAUUGGGAAACUCGGAGCGAUUGAAGCAGCUCUUCCUUGAUGGCACCAUCAUAACAGCUUUGCCUGAAUCCAUAAGACAUUUGAAGCAACUGAACCAUUUGUCUCUAAACAAGUGUUACUUGUUGAAAGAAAUACCUGAAGGGAUUCAUUCAUGUAUAAGUCUCGAACAACUUGAAGCUAGAAACUGUGUAAGUCUUGCAUCUUUGCCCAACGCACUUGGCAACCUGAGGAGUUUGAGGAAUCUUGAUUUGAGUUGGACAGCUAUUGAAGAAUUACCGAGCUCCAUUCACUCGCUAAUGCAAUUUUACGAACUAUCAAUUGUUGGUUGCAAACGGCUUAAAUUCUUGCCUCAGUUACCCCGUUCUAUCCGCAGAGUUUAUGCAGCAGAUUGCUGUAAAAUGGAAGAGAUAGCAGAUGUUUCAAAGGCAAUUGAUUUAUGGGAAUUGGACCUAACCGGCUGCCAAAAGCUUUUGGAUGUUCCUGGUGUUGAGCAGCUGAUAUGUUUAAACGAACUGAAGCUUGGAGGAUGUAGAAGCCUUUCCAACUCUUUCAAAAAAAGAGUACAGGAGGCAGACUUUCCAAGUUUGGUGGAGGAGUUGACCAUCCCUGGAAGCGAUGCACGAUCUCACUCAAGUAGUUGGCAUAUGGGAAGCUUGAGUUGGGCUGGAUCCCCUCCAUGGGGAGGAUCCAAAUCCAUGUUAGGAAGAAAACUUUACUUUUGGAAUUAAUUUUUGGAGGUGGAGGGUGUUGUCCCACUUAUUUGCGGUAACAAGGGAGGUUGUUAGAGAGAUCCGCAUUUCUUGUUUGAGGUUUUUAUUUUUUACUUUUUUUCUGCUUUGUAAAGAUUGGAGCAAGAGACAAAAGGAUAAUUGUUGUGGAUAUAUAUAUCCCAACAAUUAUUAUUAUUAUUAUUUGGUGUAGAUAUAUAUAAUUGCUUAAUACA